AUGGCACCAAAUCCCAAUAGCAAGGGGGGGUCUACUUCCCCACAGCAACAUCGGGUUGGAGAACAUUGGAGCGGGACCAAUCCCGUUCCAACAAUCUCGAAGUUUAUGGAGCGCCUCAGGAGUGAAGAACAGCAACAGAAAGAAUAUGAGGAGGCGGCCCAGACUGCCAGAGAACGACAGACCGACGGUGGUGCUAGUCCCCAUCAACCGCGGAAGAGGGCCAAGGGAAAAACUCGCAAAGUGAGAGACCCAGUUACCGGCAAAGAUAUGGAGGUAGAGGACCAGGAUGAACACUCAAUGGAUACCGUGAAAGAUCCCAAGUUGGUCGUUCCUAAUGCCAAUCUGGGAAAGCCAACGGAAGUCAAAACCGACGCAGGCCAGAACCUGUCCGAAUACAAAGAGAACCAGGAUGUGACCGCACCACCCGAUCCCAUCGCUGAGGGUACCACGUCCGACGUGCCGAUCCACGGCGAGAAAACAAAUAUUCUGUUCCACCCUACACCAACUAUUUCCUACAAGCCCAUGUUUGACCAGUUGGAAAAGCGCGCGACCGGAGUCUGCUUGGGUCUCUUUGUUGGUGUACUCUUCCUCGGCCAUGUUUUUGGUGGCUCGCUAUGGGGUCUCAUACCCUUGGCCUGUUGCACUACAACUGGGAUCUGGUUAUGGAUGAAAGAGGUCAUCCGGAGUGGACGUGAAAUGGAAUGGAGCAGUGAGCAGCUACGAGGGCAGACAGUAAGUUUCACCACUCUGUACGUGUCCAAGGAACAUUUACUAAGUCAAGCCAACCAGGCUACGGCCAACUUGUUGCCGGAAUCUGUCGAAUGGAUGAAUACUUUCCUUGGUGUCGUCUGGGGCCUGCUGAACCCCGAUAUGUUGGCACCCAUCGCUGAUACUAUCGAGGACAUCAUGCAAGCGUCUGCGCCAAGUGUCGUGGAGAACGUUCGUAUCGCUGAAAUCGACCAAGGCAACAACCCUAUACGUAUUCUGAGCAUGCGGGCUCUUCCAGACGAGCACGUGCAGCAACUGAAAGACAACAUCUGCGAAGAGAAUAAGAAAAACAAGGAUCCUCAGGAGGCAGCAGCUGCUGAAGAGGGUGGCAGCUACUACAACCUCGAGGCUUCUUUUGCAUACCAUGCAAAGCCGAGUGGCCAAAGUGCUUCCUCCAAAGCACGUAACAUGCAUAUGCAGGUUGUAUUCUUCCUGGGGAUUCAAGGUCUAUUCGGAGUGCCUUUCCCGGUGUUUGUAGAACUGAUUGAAAUGGUUGGAACUAUACGCCUGAGACUACAGAUGAUGCCAGAAGCCCCUUUUAUGAAGGAGAUUACCUACAGUCUUGUUGGUAUCCCGCAUAUCAAAGCCGGCUGCAUGCCGAUGGUGAGACAUGGUAUCAACGUCCUCAAUCUACCGCUGAUCUCCAACUUUGUCAACUAUGCCAUCGGCACUGCCUGCAGCCUUUUCGCAGCACCCAAAUCAAUGACCAUGGAUCUGGGAAUGCUCCUCAAGGGCGAUGAUAUUAUCAAGGAAACCCAGGCUAUCGGUGUGAUGUGGGUUCGGAUCCACCGUGCCAUUGGACUGAGCAAGCAGGACAAACGUGGCACCCAUGGCGGCGGAAGUGAUCCUUAUAUCAACCUCUCCUUCUCCAAAUAUGGCAAACCUAUGUACUGCACCCGUGUGAUUACAGAUGAUCUGAAUCCAAUUUGGGAAGAGACUGCAGCCUUGCUUGUCACCCCGGAACUAAUCAAGGUGGAUGAGAACCUCAGCGUUGAACUGUGGGACUCGGAUCGCAACACGGCGGAUGACAUUGUUGGCAAAAUAGAAUUGCCCAUCCGGGAAAUGCUAGCCCACCCAGGUCGCAUGUAUCCUCAAGUCUCCAAGCUACAGGGUUUGAACGAGGGUAGCGAGAUGCCCGGCGAGCUGCAUUGGGAAGUUGGAUUCUUUGGAAAGCCGAAGUUAAGGCCGGAAAUGAGAACAGACGGCAAGAGACAAGACCUCCCGGAGAAUCUUCAAGACAUCCCCGAGUUCCAGGACGAGAAGGGCACUAUCAUCACCGAAGAAGAAGAUGCAAUCACGCACACGCCACCUGACCCAUUGUGGCCUAGCGGUAUCCUCAGCGUUGUGGUCCAUCAGAUCGUGCACCUGCAACUUGCCGAUAUUAAAGGUACUACCGGCAGUCGAAAGGGAAGGGAGUACGAGCCGGCAAAGAGUUACGGCGAAAGCACCGAGGAGGAAGGCAAAGACCUACCCACCAGCUAUUGCAAGAUCAUGCUGAAUGAUGAGCUGAUAUACCGGACUCGAGCUAAAGCGCUUAGCUCCAAGCCCAUAUUCAACGCUGGUACUGAGCGAUUCGUCCGCGACUGGCGUUCAUCAAUGGUCACCGUGACCGUCCGGGAUCAACGAUAUCGGGAGCACGACCCGAUCCUGGGAGUGGUGCAACUGAAGCUUACCGAUCUCUUCCAGAAGUCCUCACAAGUCACCAGAUGGUACCCUCUCGAUGGCGGUGUUGGUUUCGGACGGAUUCGUAUUUCGCUGCUCUUCCGACACGUCGAAACGAAGCUGCCCCCUAAUAUGCUCGGGUGGGACGUGGGCACGUUCCACUUUGUGUCGGACAAGCUUACGCUGCAAGGCUUCAACCAUCGGGCUAAGAUCAAACUGCGCACCGGUGGAAGCAGUGGGAAGAUCCCGCGUGGCUGGUGUCAUAUCGAGGGGAACAACUCAUAUUACGAUCUGACUAAUGAAGACUUCCGUCGAAGCAUUCGACUUCCUGUGAAACAUCGUUAUCGCUCCCCCGUCGUAUUUGAGCUGCACACGCAGGGCAAACAUGGAGCUGCGGGUUAUUCAAUCCUGUGGCUGCAACACCUCGUCGACAACGAGGAGACCGAAAUCGACCUACCUAUUUGGUCGACAAAGAACGGCAGCCGACUCACCCAGAACUACAUCACCGAGGAAAACUGGAAGGCGAAGGAAGUACCUGGGUUGGAAGACCUCCACGAAAUCGGUCGUCUACAGCUUCGGGGCCUCUUCACUCCCGGGAUCGAUGACUCCCACGAGCAAUACGUGGUAGACAGCAAUUCCCGCGAGACCUUUGAGACCUGGGAAGCCUGCAUGGCUGAAGGCGUGCGGCCGCACAGAGUCACGGCCGAGAUCCCUGCGAACAUUGAGAAACUUCACGAGCAGUCCCUCAGAGCCGGUCGCGACGUCUUGAAACAAAGCCACCCCAGAGAGCGCAAGCGCUGGAUCGACAAGCAGGGAAACAACUGGAGCGGCGCGUUUGGCGACGACCCGGCCGCCUACCUCGACUCCAAGGGCCGCAAGAUCGCCGAGCCAGGUCGCGACCAGCCCCCGCAAGACCCAGUCAACCCUCCGCCCAAGGAAAUCGAGCCCACUGGGGCCGCGCACCCCAGUGAUUACGAGGAGGACUCAUCAGAAUCGUCGUCAGAAGAGGACGCCCAGCAGGAGCAGCAGGAGCAGCAGCAGCAGCAGCAGCGACAACCCUCCGAACCUCAAACCAUCACGACGAAGCCCAGCGAAGCUAGCUCAAGCAACGGCCCAUCGAAACGGGCAGCCAAGCGCAGUGAGCAGCGCCAGCAGCGCGGUCUGAUGCAGUGGAAGCCAGCGCGCAAUGCGGUGUUCGCACGGGAUGAAGCCAAGUAUGCAAUGCGCAAAGUGAAACACAAGUUCACUGGCAACCUGAGCGGACGAGAGCCGGAUAUUGAGACCGAGACGGGACAGUAG